AUAGCAAAGAACACGACUAUAGUGUAGUACAGCCUAUUUAUUUGUAAUAAAAAAAAAUGUAGAUUGAAACUUCAGUGUAAAAUACAGCACUUUAAAUACCUACUGUAUUUGCGUCAUCAGAAAUAUGGAGCUAAUAAAACCAAGAAUGUAAAGAUAAUGUGUAUAAUUAUCAACAAUAUAAUUGAUUUACAGAUGUACUGGUUUAUUUUUUAAGUGGUUUAUAUUGUUUAAUUUGUUAUUUUUUACUAAUAUAAAAGUAUCGAGAAUAUUUAUUAAUUACAAUGGAAGACGACUUUGAUAUUUAUGAAGACUUAGAUUUUGGAAAAAAAAAACGUGAAGAUAAUUCUCAAACAAAUAAGAACAAUGAUGAAUUAUUAGACAAGGUGAAGAAAUUAGAAGAAAGAAUAAAAAAUCUGGAAACCGAGUUGACAAAAGAAGCCAACCAAAGAAAAAUUUUAGAAACUAAUUUUUCAUCCUUGUUAAAGACUGCUAAAAAUGAACUUUCACGCAAAGAUCGUUUGAUAUCUGAUCUAAGAGCUCAGAUAGACAAUAUUUAUUUUCGACGAAAUAAAGUUUGCGCACAAAAAGAUAAUAGUACGGAAAAUAUCCAAAGCAGCUCAGAAACUAAAAAAGAUCCAGAACCUAUUUCAAAAGGUCAAGUUGAAGAAAAAUACGAAAAAGAUAACAAUUCAGACAAAUCAUUACCUUUGUAUUUUAGUCCUGGACCUCAAUUAAUUAGUCGAUUUGAGUCAUUAAGUGAUGAUGAAGGUACGGAAGUAACUUGCAAACCUAAUCUGCUCACAUCAACAGUAUUUGGUGAAAGAUUGAAGAGAAGGUUAAAAGAUCAGGAAGAAAAAGAAAGGUUUCAAUUAGAACAAACAAAAUCACUCACUUCUGUUUCUAAAAAUAAUGAAAUUGUAGAUACUAAAACUGAAGUUGAAACUUCUAAUAUUAACAGUAUAGAUAAUAAAGAAAAUCAGUAUCGACUAAUUUCUUUAGACAUAUCACCGAAAAAGAAUUUAAAAAGACCGAGCGAAGACGAAGUUAAUGAAGUUCUAGAUAAACGAAAAAAAUAUUUUGAACUCAAUGAAGCAAGUGAAAGCUGUAAGAGUAAAAAAAUAGAUCAUAUAGAAAUUUCAGGAAGUUGUACAGACAAAUUUAUUAAUACAAAUACACACACGAGUAAAUAUUUUUGUUCAAUAAACAAUGGCGAUAAUCCUUUAGAAACGGUCAAUGAACAUCGAAAAAAAUCAUCUAAAUCACCUGAAUAUGACAAAAGACAUUUUUCGAGAUAUGUGAAUGAACAACGAGAUGACCGCUAUUGUAAAAAGUACAGGGAUGAUGAGUAUAGAGAUAAUCGAUCAAAAAGUAGAAGCAGAAUUGAUCUAGAUUCAGAACAAAAUUAUUCAUGUAUUGAUAGAGGCAAAAGUAGAGGUAGAGGUAAAUAUCAUGAUGGCAGAGGCAGAAAUAACUAUUAUAAUAGAGAAGAUGACUUUAGCAGAAAUCGAUCAAGAAAUCGUUUAGAUUCUAGGAAUCAUGUUAAACAAUGGAAAAAUAAUGAAGUAACUUACAAAAAUGAUGUAAAUGCACUAAGAUAUUCGGAUGAAAAAAUUUACGGAGAAGUUAGGAGAAGUCGUAGAAUAGAAGCAAGAUCUCAUAGUCAUUAUACUGAGUAUAAAGAAGAUAUUAAUUAUCGUAAUAGAGAUAAUUAUAAAAGCAGACAAUAUGAAAUAAAAAAUCGAAUACGAAGAAGGUCGAAGUCGCGUGGAAGAUCACGUGAGAAAAAUUCAACAGAUUCAACGUCUUCAAGAAAAAAUAACAGUGGAUGGACAGAUAACGGAAAAGAAGAUCAGCUAGAAUUAAAUAAUAGUUUCGAAGAAGGAGAAAUUUUAGACAAUCUAAUAACCGUUGAAGAAAUGAAUAUUAUAAAUAAUAUUUUUGAAGGAAACGACGAGACUGUUCAAGAUAACAUUUUGAAUCCAGUUUUUCAAUCACCGAGAGAAGAGAUAAUAGAAAAUAUUCAGGACUUUAUUCAAAAAUUUGAUGUUAAAAAAGUGGAUGUCAAAGCAGAUGAUAAAAACCUUAAAAGGAAUACAGAUAGGCCAAUAGAUAGUAUGUUAAAAAUUAAUAAUAAUAAAGAUAUCCAUCACAAUAAACGUGACAGAUCAAAAGAAGAAAGAACAGAAAGUAUUCAAAAAGUUACUUUAGAUCAACAUUUAGUUAAUACAGAUGUAAAAAAUAAGAAAGUUGAUCAAAAAGAAGAUAAAACAUGUCAAGAAAUCGUUAUUGAAAAAAAAGAACAACCACAGUAUUUCAAGUUAGAAUUACCAAGUAAUAUUAAUUUAAAACCCAUAGGGAACAAUGUAGAAUUCAAAGAGAACAAAUGCGACUCAAACAAAGCUGAAAUUAUUCAAAAUAAUGAAGAUAAAAAUAACUCGGAUAAACAACCUGAGGCUACAACUAACUCAACUAUAAGUAAAGAAUUGAAAAUCGAACAGAAACCGAAAAUAGUAAAAAUCGAUAAUUUAACAGCUACCCGAGAUCCAGAGUACUGUAAAAUAUUAUCAAAAUAUUUAAAAAAGAAACCUGAACUGCAUAAUAGCACAUCCAAUGAAACUUCUACUAAUAAUGUUAGUAAAAGUAAUGAAGAAAAUUUACAAAAUAAAGAUAAGAAAAAUAAAGAAGUAGUUUAUUCUGAACCAGUAGAAGAUACGAAAUCUAAAAAAUGUGAGAAAGAAGAGCCUCUAAAAGUUGAACCUGACAAAUGCAUAAAAAUCAAUACAUCAUUAGAAAAGUCAGAAGAAUCAUCUUCAUCAUCUACUUCAAGUGUUCUUAAAAUUGUUUGUGAACCAGAACCAACUGCAGAUCCAGUAGAUGAGAAAGUAAAAAAUAACGAGUGUUUUGUAUCGCCUAUUCCAAAGAAUCCUACUAAACGAACUGCUAGUAAGAAUAAAAUGACUGUAAAAAAAGCAAGUGCUUCUACUGGAUCUGAAGCGAAAAAAGUUGCAGCUCCUCGUAAGAAAAAAGAAAAAGUAGAUGAAAAUCAAAAUUCAAGUAAAAGUAAAGGCGUUAUGAUACUUACUACAAGACGUAGACCUAUGAGAUUAUCAGAUUUUUCAUCUCCUGUAACAGUCGUUUCAACUAUUCAAAAUGUUGAUAGUAACCAAAUUUCACAAGCAAAGUUGGAAGCCAUCAAAGAAUAGUAUCCAUAUAAAUAAAAGUUAUUCGAAUGUUGUAAAAAAGUAUCCAUAUUCUACAUGGUGAUACAUUUCGAAUAAAAAAAUAAAAUAUUAAAAAAAACAAACGAUUAUGUCUAGAUUGAGCAUUAAAAAUCUAGUUGAUUGAUUCAAAGCUCAAAUCGAUAAGAACUUAUGAAAAAAUCGUACAAUUGUGUAUUUAUUUUUCAAAGGUAUGCUUUUAUAAUUAUAUUAAAAAACAAAGUCAUUGAAACAACUUUGUACAUUUUUAACUGUAAGCUAUGUUUUAAAUGAAAUAAUAUAUAAAUAAAUAUAAUCGAUUUUGUGUAAAAAGGAACAGUUUGUUAGACUAUAUUGAUUAAUUUUGGGAAUUUUCUAUCAUGUAACAUAUGGGGAACAAUUCCCGUAACGAUCGUUCCGCUUAAUCUCCCCCCCCCCUCCUUUUCAGGUUUUGUUGUAUAAAAAUGCCCGGAUUAUUUAUAUACAUCUGAUGA